AGAUAAAAAAGGCUCCUCUCCCUCCCUCCCUCCCUCACUCACUCACUCACAUAUUCUCUCUCUCUCUCUCUCGCUCUCAGUUCAACAAAGAUGGCUCGGGGAAGAGGCAGUGCAAUGGUUGUUGCUACAGCGUUGAUGUGCAUGUUGCUGCUCCACUCUGAGAUGGCUCAUGCAGCGGUCUUCACGGUUGGAGAUGCUGGCGGUUGGACUUUUAACGUUGUUGGCUGGCCCAAGGGAAAGCGCUUUCGUGCCGGUGACAUACUUGUGUUCAACUACAGUCCUGCAGCACACAACGUGGUAACUGUCAACAAGGCGGGAUAUGAUGCGUGCACGACCCCACGAGGAUCGAAAGUCUAUCAGACCGGAAAAGAUCGGAUCAAGCUUGUCAAGGGUCAGAACAACUUCAUCUGCAGCUUUCCGGGCCACUGCCAGUCUGCAAUGAAAAUUUCUGUCACUGCCGUGUGAUAUUAGCAUGUCACUACAAAACCAGGUGUCAGUAAUAAGUACCCAGCCAUAUAUGUGUUGUUGUACAAGCUAGGAUCUAUGUUUGCUCUCGUGCACUACUAAUCAGUCUACCACUGUACUGGAUUAUAAUGAAAUAAACAACUUGUAUUCUUGUGAA